UCUGGGGGGAGUUCUGCCGACUCAUUGGAGCCAAGGCCAGCCUGACAUCAGGAUAUCAUCCGGAAGCCAACGGCCAGACCGAACGACUUAACCAGCAGCUGGAAACCGGCCUCCGGUGCUUGGUCUGCCAGAACCCCUCCACAUGGAGCAAACACCUGGUCUGGGGUACCAGCCCCCUCUCUUUCCAGAGAAUGAGUCAGAAGUGUCGGUCCCCUCCGCCCAUGCCAUGGUCCGACGUUGUCACCGCAUUUGGGCAGCCGCCCGUCAAGUAUUGAUCAGACAGCGAGAUCGGAUGAAGAGAGCGGCAGACCGCAAGAGACGACCUGCACUUAAGUACCAACCUGGUCAGAGAGUCUGGCUUUCAGCCAAGGACCUACAUCUCAAGGUCACAUCAAAGAAACUGGCACCCCGCUUUGUAGGUCCAUUCCCAAUUACCAAGCUCGUCGGACCUGCAGCGGUUCGGCUUCGUCUGCCCCGAUCCCUCCGCGCCUAUCCCACCUUCCACGUCAGUCAGGUCAAACCAGUCAAAGAAAGCACCAUGGUCCCACCCACCACGUCCCCUCCACCACCCGAAGUAAUUGAAGGUGGAGCAGUAUACAAAGUUAAACGCUUGUUGGCAGUACGCAACCGGGGCCGGGGCAGACAAUUCCUGGUAGAUUGGGAAGGAUACGGACCUGAAGAGAGACAGUGGGUUCCUUCCCGCCACAUUGUCGACCCCACUCUCAUCAGGGACUUCUACAGAGACCACCCUGAACAGUCUGGGCCGUCGAGAGUCGGCCAUAGAAGGGGGGGUACUGUCACAUCGUGGUGAGGGAAGUCCUGUUUUGGGGUUGUCUGGCAAACUUCCUGUUUUAUUUUGAAAAUUCUAAUCCUCCUCUCGUUUCAGGCCACUUGCCCUUCCUCCCGUGUCACUGGUCUGAUGUCUCUCCUGAUUGCCUGAU